UUUUCUGAAUGUGGAAGUGUUGUCCGAGUGUGGCGAUCGUCCUCUGUAAGGGUUUUGAAUCGAUAGCGAUCAGAUUAGAGAAUUUAGGAGGCGGAUGUUGGUUGAUGGCUGUAGGACUGCACUUAUGAUGCCGGAUUAGGUACUUAUGAGCAUCGCUGUUUCUUACUGCUCCAGAUGAAGAGCGUGAGUUGAGCCAUCAGUCGAGAAACUCUUGGGGUCUUGGAUUUUUCUGUAAUUGGUCUUGGGAUUAUGCUUUUUCUUUUGAUCGGCUUAUUCUUUGUAUUGAUCGCGAGUGUUUUGUGGUUGAGCCCAACGGGCGCAAGAAGAUUCACGUGGCCGAACCCACUUUGCCGGUUCUUCUUGUUAUCAACGUUUUAUGAUUGUUGCAUUCACGAUGUUACGAACACAACAGAUUUUGGUGAGGUUUUGCUGGAAUGUGAUUUUCUAUAUGCUUGAUUUCAUACUUCCAUAACUUUGUCAUAUCCAGGCUGCAUCAUCUGGGACCUUUAGUUAUGGUCUGUAAUUGUCCACUCCUAACUUAUACGCAACUUACUUUUGGAAUAAAUUACUUAACAUGGAUGCAACUAAAACCACAUUUUUUUUUAUUUCUGAGGAUACAACUGAAUGAUUUCUCAAAUGUGGUUAUAACUAUCAGAAAGUAACUAGACGUGCUUAGUCAUCCCCAUUGUACUUGUGAAGUUCCAAUUGCAGCUUUCACUUUGCAAUAUUUCAAGUAUCCAUGCUCUUAAUUUGUUACACUAUUUUGGCGACUAAAUAAUUUUACCUUACCUUUUUUCUCCUGGGACAUUGCCUUCACUUUUCUUAUGCUCUUUUCCAGAUUGAAAAUCAUCCUGGUCGUGGGGCAUUUUCUCAAGUGACAAUUCAAUUCUAGUUUUAUGAUCAUGUGUCCUCUGGCAGCUGAACCUCUGGCCGACAUUAAGUAUGAUUGUUCUGAUGAGGAAGUGUUCAAGUCCUUGGAGUGCAUUACAAGUGGAAAUUCUCUUCCUGGGAAUGUAAUCCGUGAUAUAAAUCCCUACUGCUAUCGGCCUGAAAAUUUACCUGGUAAUAUUUGGUACCUGACAUGUUCGGGGGAUAAUAGAGCUCCAGAGAAUGGAUUCUGGAAGCCCAAAGGGAAUCCCCUUAGGGUACCUUUAAAUUCCUCCAUUAGCGGCUUGAAAACAACUCUCGAAUUCUGUGAUCGACAAGCUUUGGAGGGUUUUAAAACCGAUUGGAUAAUGCAGGAGUACAAAAUAACAUGGAAUGGGUCAAACUGUGACACCAGGGCGAAGGCAGUCAAUUCACUUUGCAGAGUUUUCCAAGAACGUGUUUAUGUAGUUGACCAGAAAAUGGCCCGUACAUUUGAUGGUUCUGACAUCACUAGAGGAUGCAACCUCCUGUCAACUGCUUUGCUUGCCAUUACCUCCAGGAGCAAUACUGAACAAGGAUCCACAAGUGACCACCAGGUCGUUGCAGCAGAUAUUCCUCAGAACCAUCCUAUGGAAAACCUGCAUGCAAAUGUUGAUGCCUUGGAUGACUUCUUGGAGCUGCGGGAUCUUGAUAUUCCUCAGUCACCUUCCUCUAGUUCAGACAAUUCUAGUUGCUUGACCAAGUCAUCAGAUGAAUAUUUUGAUUCAUUGGCCCUUUUGCAAGACAUUGAGGCUGAACAGCUCCGAGAGGUGCAGCAGAAGGAUGCUCAUGCGAAGCUCAGUGUGUCAACUGUUAAACCAUCCAAUGUGGUUACACAUGAAGUGACUUCAGGAUCAUUUACCAGUCAUGAACGGGAAGACAUGCCCAAAACUGGUUCCUCUCUUUGCGAUACAGCUUCAGCUAUAGGAAGUAAAGCAGCAAAGAAGAGGAAUCUGAAGCAUGUAGUUGGAGAUGGGAAAAGCCAAUCUGGUUGCGAAAAUAUUGCAUCCCGUGCUUCAACAAGUGAAAAUACUUCAGCCUUGGAAAGGAGAAGGAAGUCUGAUAAGAAAACCAAUAUGUUGAAGAAGUUGUGCUUCAUACCAUUUCCCUUCCUGUUCUGAUCCUUACCCUUUUGGAGUUUCUUUUCCUGCCACUUAAUCAUAUUAAUCAAGAACACGGUGCUCUCUGUAUGAUUAUAGCGGUAGCAAUAUGCAGGGAUAGGUAUACAAAAUGGUCUUUAGCUGAUUUAAGAGGUUAGGGUACAUUGAGAAGAGAAUACGACCUGAUUGAUGGCCACAAGAGUAGUAGAUUGGAUACAAUAGCAAAUGGAUGGGGACUUGAUAACUUUGUUGUGAUGUAUGUGUGAAUAAUGGAAAGUAGUUAUUUCCAUCUCCUUGUACUUAGUCUACCAAUGUCAAUUACAAAUAUUAAUAGGAUUGGUCUGUGUAUAUUGUACUGAAAUUUCGAGUAUUGAGGU